UAAAUUUAAAUAAUUUAAAUAAACCCGAGUUUCGGAAUAAGGUCAUUUUUCCAAGCUACAAGAAUUAUUAUUUUCUAGCUUUACUUUAAUAAAAUGUCCAAGAAAAAUAUCGCGUUAGAUCGACUGUUAACUAUUCAAAAUCAUAUCAGUAAUCAACCCCAGCAAACGGGUCCUAUCGACUUAGCAAGAGAACGAGAAAAUGCUUCGUUCAAUGUUAAGCAUAUGAAUUGGUUAUUCUGGGGUAGUAAAGAAUUCGCCGAAGCAUUGCAAGAUGCGUUUCUGAUAAUUCAACGCGAUCCGGAACUUCAUUUUUCGGGAGGGCAUCCUUUUGAUUUAACAAGACCCGAAGAGCGCGAAGCCACUAUGAAACAAAUUUUUAGGUAUAUUCAAUUAAAAAAAUCAUUGAAGGAUCCAUUAUUGUUCAAAGCGUUAGGAGUUGCCAUGGGCAUGUAUUCGGAAAGUUUUAAUAUGAAAGUUUACGUGAAUGAUUAUUUGAUGGCACAAUCAUUUAAAUUAUUUGGUACGACCGAACAAUACGAUGCUUAUAUCAAUGAUAUUGUGAAUUGGAAAAUCAUUGGAUGUUUUGCUAUGACUGAGCUUGGUCAUAGCUCUUUUUUGCGUGGAUUAGAAACAACUGCAACAUAUGAUAGAGAGACUGAUGAAUUUAUCAUUCAUUCUCCAACUUUAACGGCUACAAAAAUAUGGAUUGGAAUGGCAGGGCAAACUGCAACACAUACAAUAGCAAUAUGUCAAACAAUAAUUGAUGGAAAGAAAUGUGGAACAAAUUGGUUCAUAGUACAAUUAAGAGAUCAAAAAACAGGAAAAUUAAUGCCAGGAGUAACAGCGGGAGAUGUAGGAGCAAAAUAUGGAAGAAAUGGAAUAGAUAAUGGAUGGAUUCAGUUUUCGCAUGUUCGUAUUCCAAGAACCAAUAUGAUGAUGAAAUGGUCUAAAGUUGAUAAAGGAGGAGAAUACAUUCCUUCGGCAUUUCCUGCCGUAUCAUAUUCCGUAUUAAUUGGAGAAAGACUCAGUGUAUUGUCAGGAGCUAUUUCUACAUGUGGACAAGUACUUACUAUUGCUUGUAGAUAUGGAUGCGUUAGAAGACAAGGAGCUAAUGAAGAACAAAUUAUGGAUUAUCAAUCUCAUUAUGUUAGGUUGAUGCCAUGCGUUGCUAGUACAUACGUUAUAUCAGUAAUAACCCGGAUGAUUAUAAACAAAUGGGAAGGAAUUAUGAAAUUAGCGCAAACAAGUCAAGAAGAAUUUAUUUCAUAUUUGCCCGAUAUUCAUGCAAUAUCCUCAGGAUUAAAAGCAGCAAUUUCAUGGUGGGGAUGUGAAGUCUUAGAAAGAGUUCGCAGAUCUAUGGGAGGUUAUGCUUAUUCUUCUUAUAAUGGUAUUGGUGGAGCUAUUGGAGAUUGGGGUGUUGUUACUACAGGUGGGGGAGAUAAUUUUGUGCUUAUACAACAAAGCGCGAGAUAUCUUUUGGGAUCUUUUAAACAAGUUUCUCAUGGUAAAAAAGUUACUGGAUCGGUAGAAUUUUUGAAUGAUAUACAACAAAUUCGUUCAUCUACAAAAAGUAUUUUAUCAGAUGAAAGACAAUUGUUAAAUUUGGAUUUUACAUUGGACAUGUAUACUUGGCUAUGUUGUAAAAAGGUUGAUGUUCUUGCGGCAAGUUUGGAUUCAUCAACAGAAGGUGAAGAGACAACAUGGAAUGAAAACCAAGUAGAUUUAAUUAAAUUAGGAGAAUUAUAUUCAUAUAGAUUUACAUUAUCAGAGUAUAUUAAGGGUAUUAAAGAAUGUUCAACGAAUAAUGAAUUCAAAGAAUUAAUACCCAUUUUGACUAAAUUAGGAAGUUUAUGGGCUAUACAUUUAAUCAAUGAUUCGUUAUAUUUAUUUUUAGAAGAAGAAUAUUUUAGUAAGGAACAGGUAAAAAUGAUAAAAAAAUGUCAUUUAAAAUUAUGUAAGGAAAUAAGAAAAGAGUGUAUUCCUCUCGUUGAUUCUUGGGGAUUCUCCGAUUUUAUGUUGAAAGCACCUCUAGGAAAAUAUGAUGGCGACGUUUAUACAGCUUAUCUUGAUACUCUUAAAGCGGCACCUAAUUGUAUGGGAAUACCCGACUAUUGGGAAAAAUAUGUUAAAAAUUUUUAACUAAUUCUAAAUAAUUGAUAAACUUGACCUAAUUUUAUUUAAUUAUAAUAUAGAUUUUAUAAAUAAAAUAUUUAAAUAUUUAAAAUUAUUAUUUUUUUUGCUAUGCAUUGCAACGCAACUAUUAAUUUGGCUGAAAUUAAGAUUAGGAGUAGUAGUA